GGGCCUUUGACAAGUUGGAAAAGUGGGGGGUGGGGAAGAAAAGAAAGGGUCGCCCUCCGCAAGACGAAGCAACUAGGUUAGAUACAACUCGGACAUGACCCAACACGCAUUACACAACAAAGCAAUGACACCAAGCCAACGUCACCCACGAACCUAUACAGCCGCGUAACUAGAAAGCGUAACUACCGUUGACGCCUGACCCUCUCCCCUCCCUUCUUUGCCUUGCUCCUUUAUAUAUCCCUCUUUCAUCUCCCCAUUUGCCACUCGCUCGCAAUUUUCAUAUCCACCAAGCUACCUCAUUGCUUUGCUUUUUUUAGUUUCUUGUGUUUUUCUUUUUUGGACAUUUUCUUAAUUUUCACCAUGCAACAAGCGAUUCCAUACAAGUCCUGGCCUCUGCCAUGCGCCACCACUGCUUCCCAUCGUGCCCCAUCAACACUUGGCCACAACAACCUCGUACCAAGCAGAGGAGGAGGCAGCAAAGACGUGCGUAAUAUUGUGUUAGAGAACGCUGUGAUUGUGUUCGCCAGGAAGGGUUGCUGCAUGAGCCAUGUAGUGAGGCGUUUGCUACUGGCGCUGGGAGUGAACCCUGCGGUUUAUGAGAUUGAUGACAAGGAUGAGGUUGGUGUUUUGAAUGAAUUGGAGAUGAUCUGCAAUGGCGAUGGAAAGGAUAAAAAGGUGCAUCUUCCAGCUGUGUUUAUUGGCGGGAGAUUGUUUGGGGGAUUGGAUAAAGUUAUGGCUACUCAUAUUAGCGGAGAGUUGGUCCCUGUGUUGAAAGAUGCUGGGGCCUUGUGGCUUUGAUUGAUUCAGUUUUCUGACUUCAUCUUCUUUUUUUUUUUUCCUUUUUAGGGUUGGUUGGAUAAUUCUUGACUCUAAAAGAGCUUGCUAGCUAGAAAAUGGAAGAUUAUUUUUUUGGUUUUAGAAUUAACCCAAUUGGGUGUGUAACUUUGCUACAGAGAAAUACAAAUUAAGAUAGUACAUCUUGUGCUUUGCUUCCUCUGUUCCUAGAUUUGUUGAUUUGAUUAGAAUGAUCCUCAAGGAAUUGGAUGA